CGUUUUGUUUUGGUUUCAGGCUGGUGGUGAUGUCAGUUUGGCGCUCAGCCAAAGAAGCUCUACUGAUAUGGUGUCAGCGUUUGCUGGCUACGCCAAUGUAAAUGUGCAAGACUUCUCUAACAGCUGGAGAGAUGGACUGGCUUUCAAUGCUCUUAUUCAUGCCCAUCGACCUGAUCUUUUUGACAACAACAGACUAUGGCAGGAUGAUCCGAUGAGGAACCUCACUCAUGCUUUCACUCUGGCAGAAGAUGAGUUUGGUAUAAUGCAACUCCUGGAUGUGGAAGUGUCAUGGUGCCCUAUCCUGACGAGAAGUCUAUCAUGAUUUACGUCUCCCUUUACUACCACUACUUCUCCAAAAUGAAGCAGGGUCAAACUAUUCAGAAGAGGAUAGCUAAGGAAGGUGGAUAUCAUGAACCAAUGGAAAGCUUUGCAGCAGCUUCUGCAGCAGCAGAGAGAACAUGUUGGAGAUGCUGUGAAUACAUUUGCUGUUCUCAGAGACAUCGAGUUAAUAUCUAUAAACCUAAGGGAAUUACAGGUGGAAAAUAAUAUAGAUAUUAUAUCUGUCUAUCUAUAUUUGGUCCCACUUUGUAUUAAGUGGCCUUAACUACUGUGUACAUACUGUAUUCAUAUUUUAUUGCAAAACACUUUUGCUGCUAUUGAGGUGGGAUAUGGGUAAGAUUAGGGACAGGUUUGGUGGUAUAGGUAGAUUUAAGGGUGGGUUUUAUCCAGAGGCCAAGAGCUGCACUGGGGGAGACACUCUGAUGAGAGAGACAUCCAAAAGUGGAUUUGCACUCUUCAGAAACAAUGGCAGAAACUUAAAGAAUAAGCAGUGGUUGGGGUAAAAAUGUUCCAAGUGCCAUUCCUCCUUUCCCUCAGUAUUUUGCAGACAUUACUGAAGCCAGCCUGUGGCUUGAUGACCACAAACCACUUCUCAAUGAUGAGGAUUAUGGAAAGGAUGUCACCAAAAACUGGAGAAAGAAAUGGAAGCAUGUGCCUCAGAAGUUAAACGGCUGGGCGAGCAGGGCAAGAGUGCUGCCCAACUUGCUCCUCUUAAAAUGAGUCACAACCAAAAUAUUCCAUUAACGGUUAUGUACAUUUGCAAUACAAUUACAGCACUUAGUCUGUUUGAAUAAUCUUCUAAUGUUGCUUCAGGAAGGGUAAUGGUGAAAAACUGUUUAUUUGUGAUAUAAAUGUGAAUCAUUGCUAGUAUAAAACACAGAAAUUACUGCAUAAAUUAAUGGAUACAGCUUUAAAAAUUUUCAUCAAUAAAAGACUGAAACCCAGCAGAGCUGAAUGGUACACUACAGUGAUUCAUCAGAUGGUGAAGAUGAGAAGAAUAAAAAAAGAUAACAAAGAAGGAAAAGUCAUCAGCAAGGCUUUACCACAAGAACAAGCAAAGUUCCUAUAUUAACCAGGGACAAUUGUCAGCAGGGAAAAAGGUGAUACGUUGCUUCUUCAAGAAAGCAGAGGAAAUGAGCAACUAGUAUCGUCCACAUUCAUCACGGAGAUGCCAUCUUCUAAAGCACCACCUGAACCUACGAAUGGAGAACCUUAGAGUCCAAAAAAGAAAUUGAGCCGACCUCCUCUCACUCAUUCUGUGCGGCAUGGCAACGCUGAAAUAUCUACCUCAUCAUUGCCUGACCCACACUUUCAAAAAGACACUAUAGAGAACAGACAAAGCAGUCUAGAAUGGGAUUUCAAUCGUCUUUAUAAUUUAGCACAGGUUCUGUAAUGCCUGUGAGGAGUUUGAUUCCCGGAUUGGAGACAAGGAGAAUGUCCUCAACACUUUAAACUCCAACUCCAACAACUUAGAGGUUGUACAAGCCAAAUAUGAGAAGUUUCUUACCAAACUAGCCAGCGGCUGAAAACAGCUCGAUGACAUUACCAAGCUUGGAGAGGAGCUUGAGAAAAAACAGCACAGCAAGAAAAAAGAGAUUCAGCUCAGGCUUGGAAUCAUAACCCCCAGGUGGGAACACAUUCAAAAAUUAAGGAUGAGAUGGAUCAUGAGCUGCUUAGCUCUGCUGAUGUGAAAUAGUUCCUGCAGACCUGCCAGGAUGUCCAGUCUCAGCUCCAGGAUAGGCUAGCCCAGCUUGACACGCCUGAUGUGGGCAGCUCACCAUCAGCCCUACAGGCUGAGGAACACAGACAAGCCCAGGCUGAGAGGGACACAGAAGCCCUGGAAAGGAAAAUAGAGCGUCUGCUCAAGCCUUGCUCAAGGAGAACCUUGAUCUGAUUCAAAAGAUUGAACUUCAGAGCGCAAAGUUAGAUGUGUUUAGCCUUUAUCUUGCGAUUCAUGCUUAGUGCCUGUGAUUAACGGUAAUAUUAUUUCAGAUUGAAAGAUAUGGAGAAGCUGAGGUGGCAUCUGGAGAUAAAGGUGUUAAGCAGUUAAUUGUUUUGAAACAUAUCUGAGUCUAGAAAUGAUCAUGUCUUUGGGGUCCUCGCCAUCAAAACCUUAAUUUCUUAUUUUAAACCCUUAAAAUUCAUCUCAAUAUGACUCAUAAAGUUAAUCCUGUAUGAGAUAUGCAUGUUGUCUGUGAUCAGGAUAUGUUUCAUGACAGCAUCUGUGUGAGAGAUUUGAGGUAUUCUUAAAGCAGCUGGAGGUGGGACUGGAGAGGAGGCACACCUGUGAAGAUUUGGCUGACAGACUCAUCAAAAGUAAUCAUCAUGAGAGGCGCUUCACCCUAGAAACACCAUGUGAUCAGGAAAACAGAUUCUAAACAAAAUAUCACAUACUAAUAAAUACAGUAAUCUCAUAUUUGUGUCAGUUGUUUGUGAUAUAUCAGUCCUGAAGUUACAUCAUUUUACAGUCUACAGAUAAUUAUACUUUAAGUUCACUUCAUGACAGAGAAUCAUGGGAAGAGCUGCAGGAUUUAUCUGAAGAUCGUAAAGAAAAUCUGUGUAAAUCUGAGGAAUGCCACAAAUUCUACAAAAACCUAGGACAGAUAAAGGUAUUGCCACCUGUGAUUUGCAGUUGUUCCAGCACCAGCAGCUAUGGGCUGAGAUUGUGGCACGUGAGGAGACAUACGUUCAGGCCGUAUCCAUGAGCCAGGAACUGCUAAAGCAUGACAAACCUAACGCUACAGAGAUCCAGGAGAAUCUGAAAGCUCUGCAAGAGAAGAGAGAGAGAAGAUUUCUGAUGACUGGCAUUCCUAGCGGAAAUGGCUGGAGAACACAUAUCUGGAGCAGGUGUUUUAUACAGACACUGAGUACAUGAAAAAGAUCACUAGCUCCCGAGAGAUCCUGUUGGAGAACAGUGAUUUAGGAACAAUGGUGGAUUAUGUAGAGACAUUGAUCAAACGCCAUGAAGCUUUUAAAAAAACUUCUUAAUUCUCAGGAAGACAAGAUGCUGGCUCUUCAGGAGUUAGCAGAAAGCUUAAAGACAGAAGAUUUAAAGGGAGAAAAAAGUGGCAACAUUAAGAACAAACUGAAAGCUAUCCAGGAGAGGAGGGAGCGCAUCAAAGAUCUGUCGGAUAAACGCAGCGAGGAUCUUGAGAUCUCAAAGCUAUCUUCAACCGAGAUGUGUCAGAGGCAGAUGAAUGGAUCACAGACCAUGUGAAUAAAAUACUAGAAGACUCCAAAAUGGAUAGAGCAAUCUUCAGACUGAAGUGAAGAUAUUGCAGAAGCAUCAGGUGUUUGAAGCAGAGAUUCUGGCCCAUGGAAAUAUCAUUGAAUCUGUCCAGCAGAUGCUGUUGCUCCAGGGUCAAAGCUGUGGAGUGGAUGUGGAUCUUAUUCGCAGACACGAGGAGAUGGAGAGGGAGGCCAGAGUCAUCCAAGAGAGAGGCACUGAAGGACAAAGUAUCGGAAAUUAGCAAAACCAGAUGAAAAGCAUUGGAAGAAUCUCUACAGCUGCAGAAAUUCCUGGAAGGAAGCGAUGCAGUGUGUGAAGUAAACCGCUCCUGCUGAAUGUGGAAAAAAGACAUUCACCUACUGUAUGUAGUCCAAUUUAUUUUGCACAUCAGUAUGUCUUUUACAAAGUUAAAUUAUAUAUAAAGGUAAAGGAUGUUGAUGACAGCUGGGACCAGCUUUUAAGCAACUGCAAGGAGAAAAAGCGUUGCAGUUCCAGCGCUCUUUGGGUGACAUCGAGGAGCGCUUGGGUCAGUGGAGUUAGAAGUGGAGAAUAAGGACUACGGUGGUGCCAAGAGCAGGACGUGCCAUAACGGAGGAUACCUUGGAGGAUUAAACCGAAGCAAGGAGGAAAUAAAGGCUUGGAUCACUGGGAAACGGUCUGUGCACUACUGGAAGAGGAGACACUCAAUCUGUUUAAAGACCAAAACGCCGCCAGUGAGGAAUGAGUCGACACACACAACAUGGUCACACACACUUGGCUAGACACGCUAGUGAAAGAAGGACCCACUAUUCUAUUCUAGAGUGCUAUGUUUAUCAUUAAUUAACUAUGUAUCCAGACAGACAAGGCAAUUAUUUUUGUAGACAACUCUGCAUCUAACUGCACAUGUUGGCCACUCGUUCAUCACACUGGCUGGAGCAGUCUGUAAAGACAGUCCCUGCUACAGGAGAAAGGAGAACACAUUCAAAAUCAUGUGAGCAAGUAGAGAAAGCACGGAGCAGUGUGAGUCUGUGCCAGCCGACACAUCUGACACACAAGAUUCCACCACAAAGUCGAACCAGGAAAAGGUGACUCCACAGAGAGAGAGAGCCACCACCUAAACCUCCCCACAUGUAUUACAACAAACACCGCUAACCUGACAGAGGAGAGAGAGCCAAGACUCAGUCUAAGCGCAAAAGAGAGGAUUUGCUGUAAUAUUUCCUGGCCGCUAGAGGGCACUCUAAUAAAGACACAAGCUACAGAAGACAGUCUGACUUUGUGCGGGAUUGCUUCCCUGUUCAUCAGUUCUCGUUUCAAGACAGGCGUAUGUUUGUUUGUCAAGAGGAGUUGCCAGAGCAAGAGGUUUGAAGUCCAACUGCUGCUGGUUGUUGCUACUCUAUCUUACUUGUGAUGUUGGAUAUGGGAGAAAGGAAAGAAGUCAAAAUGAUUCCUAAAUCAUCUUUCAGUAUAAACAGUCUGGUUCCCGAAGCCGUGCAAAGCGACAACCACCAUCAUCACCACCACCAACACCAACAGCACAGAGCGGUGCAUGAAGAAGAGGAGAAGACUCCUUUACCUGUCCAAGCACAGGAGCAAAAGUCGGAGAACACUUGCGCUAAAAGUGACAAUUCAUCCCACGACUCCUCGUGCACGGACGAGAAGGAGAAGCAGGAAGAGAAACGGGACUCAAAGGAAGGCGAAGGAGGCAAAGAAGGCGACAAGAAAAACGGCAAGUACGAGAAACCUCCUUUUAGCUACAACGCUUUGAUUAUGAUGGCUAUUCGGCAGAGUCCGGAGAAGCGGUUAACCCUUAACGGUAUUUACGAGUUCAUUAUGAAAAAUUUCCCGUAUUACCGGGAGAACAAGCAGGGAUGGCAGAAUUCCAUCAGACACAACUUGAGUUUGAACAAAUGUUUUGUUAAAGUGCCCCGGCACUACGAUGACCCCGGGAAGGGGAACUACUGGAUGCUUGACCCCUCCAGCGACGACGUGUUCAUUGGCGGCACGACGGGCAAACUUCGGCGCAGAUCGACCACUUCUAGGGCAAAACUGGCGUUUAAAAGAGGCGCGAGGCUAACUUCCACCGGACUGACAUUUAUGGAUAGAGCUGGCUCUUUAUAUUGGCCCAUGUCUCCGUUCCUCUCGCUCCACCAUCCGAGAGCGAGCAGCGCGUUGAGUUACAACGGCACGUCCUCGGCUUACCCUAGUCACCCAAUGUCCUAUAGCACAAUGUUGACUCAAAACAGUUUGGGGAGCAAUCACUCUUUCCCUGCCUCCAAUGGCUUGACUGUUGACAGACUCGUGAAUGGAGAGAUUCCGUACGCCACACAUCAUCUCACAGCGGCCGCUUUGGCCGCCUCAGUGCCAUGUGGGCUCUCCGUACCCUGCUCCGGGACGUACUCUUUGAAUCCGUGUUCAGUGAACCUACUGGCGGGCCAGACCAGUUAUUUUUUCCCCCACGUCCCUCACCCAUCCAUGAGCUCCCAGAGCAGCACAUCCAUGAGCUCCAGGGCCGUCUCUUCCUCCUCCCCGCAAACGGCCUCCUCUCUCGCGUGUGACUCAUUAAGGCCUUCCCUUACUAGUUUUUCCUCCGGACUUUCCAGCGGACUUUCUGACUACUUCACACAUCAGAAUCAAGGGUCAACAUCAAAUCCACUUAUACACUAACUAGCAUCCACAGGAUCAGACUAUGUCUGGCAGUGUGUGCUGCAGUAGCCUGAAUCCACCCUGUGAUGCGUUACUCACCCAUGCUGAGAAUGUUUACAGUUGUAAUCAAGGUCCAUGUAACUUGUUUGUGAAAUGUUUUGCCUUUAUGUUUUAGAGGUGCUAUACAAUUUGCAAAUAGUAGGGCAUGAAGUCACAGUUUGAUUAAAUUGCUGUCAGUACAAAAAAGAAAGAAAAAGAAAACAGAAGCAUUGUAAAAUCCUAGACUGUUAUUUUGCAUCCCUUUAUAGGAGGAGUUUAACUUUUUCCCUUUAGUCAAUCUUAUUUAAAUUAAAUAGAAAAGAAAAUGUUGACGUUGUAUAACAAUUUGCUUUGCAUAAGAAGAUAUGUACAUUUUCCAUAUUUACAAGCAAUGUUUUGUGACAUAUUGUUUGAUGUCAAGAUAAUAUUCCCCUGUUGCAAAUGGUUUUGCUGUAAUGGAGGAAACAUGCUGAUCUACUGUGACCUAGUAAAUUGUUACUUUGGGAGAAAAAAACAUAUCUGUUGUUGUUGAUUCCUUUGGGGAGAAAAGCCUUUGCAUGACCACUGAAGCUUCUAGAUUUCUGUAUAACCUGAAAUGUUUCCCAACAUUUGGCCAGUUUGCUGACAGAAAUGAAACUGAUGCCUAAAUAAUAUCAGAUUUGUGUGUCUUUAUGUUUGCCAGCUUGUAAACAGAAGAAAACCUUAAACAAAGGUCUCCUUAGACACAUAUACGCACACACACAUACAUACGCAGUGAAUGCAAUGGAUCAGUGUCACAGCAGCUAUUUUAAUUGAGAGUUCUGAUGCAUAUAUAUAAUAUGUUUAUCAAGCCAUGGCACAUUUUCCCCAUCAGAUAAGUGAGGUUUAAGCUGGCACACUUUUCAACACCCAAAGGUUUCACUCACUGUAGACAUUACAGGUCUCCAGAGAUAUCAUCUUGAGGGUGUCUUUUAUUGUCUACAGUUUGAAAGUAAACAACAUGUCUCAUUGAAAGACAACUAAUACAUCAUGGAGGAGAAAAUGAGGGUUUGCGUUUCUAUCUGAGGUGAAGAAAACAGUUAUGCCUCAGAAUGUGUAUACUGUGCAAAAGUCUUAGCACAUUAGUAUUUUCAAGAAAAACAAAUGGUUUUAAAGUCAGUUAUUUCCAUCUUUUGCUGUAGUGUGACAGUAGUAAAUAUCAGUUUACAUUUCAAAACAUUAUUUUUGCCAUUAAAUGAAAAAAAUCUGU